AUGACUGAUGAAUUGAUUACAGACAAGGAUUUUGGAAUUUCAUAAAUAAAUUGUGUAAAAUUGCACAGACAUGUGGAAAUGUACUAGUGGGUCAAAGGAGAUUAAAAAUAAUAUGAGCAGAAAUGGGUGGACCAUCAUGUUGAGAAUCAUUUUGGAUAUAAUAAUGAUAAAUCGAAAUGGGUUUUGAAAGCGUAAACCUUUCUAAAUUAAUGUGUUAAAUUACAUUAAUUUAUGUUGGAGGAAGACAUGAUAAAGGAACUCAACACUCCUCUCUAGAAUGUCAAAUUUAAUUAAGCAAAUGUGUAGAUUGCCUAAUAGAAAUAUAAAGAUAGUGGAUUUAGUAGAUUUUUACUUUAAGAUGACUACAUCUACAUGCAUUAGGUUGAUGAUCAAAUAGUGAAUGGAGAUCUGAGAAUAAGCUUCAAGUAAGUAAUUUGUAGUGAUGCCACAAUAGUAGCUAGAGGGGACACUAAUAGAUUACUAGUUUGGUAAUUUGAAGAUACUUUUAAUAAAACAGUAGCUAGAGAUUAUGAUGCACAUGAAAGAACCUGUUGUAAUCUCCCUGUCCCUAAUGAUAGCAAGCCAAUCAAAGACAUUUAUUGGAUAUUCUAGGGUCUCUUUACUCCUGAAGAAUGCUUUUCAAAAGUGGUAAAUGAAAAUGCCCUACUAUUUUGGGUUUUCAGAAGUAUUGGAUAUAUUUUAAUAGCAAUUGGAACUAUCAUUUUAUUAUCUCCAGUAUCAUUUCUAACUGACUUUAUUCCAAUUGAGAAACUAACUGGUAUUAGUUUCUUUAUUUUUGGUUGCAUUGCUGCAGUGCCCAUCACAAUCUUUGCUAUUUGCUUUUCUUGGGUAUACUAUCGCCCAAAGAUUGGAUUUUUAAUGCUAUUAAUAUCUAUAAUUUUAGGAGGAGGCAUAUUUUAUUAUGCAUACAAAAAUCUAUGA